AAGUAAAAACGAGACAUGAGCCACAUUUCUAACCAGUUGGUGGCGAUUCACCAGCUUCCUGUUCGUCAACCGCCAAAAAACGCUGAGAAGAAGAAGAAGAUGACACGUCACAGUCCUGAACGAGGAAAGAUGGCGGGGCCCUAUGAGAGUUUUAUUUUACGCACCACACCAGAGAAGUUUUACAUAGAGGCUGGUGAUGAUGGCUGCCUGGAUGUCUUGGCUAUUGACAGGGUGUCAACUGAGAUGACUCUCACAGUGAAAAGGGACAUCCCUGCAUCCGCUGAGUUCAGGCCAAUAUGUGGACUCAUGGGAACUAUACAUUUGGUGGCAGGCAUGUACCUAGUUGUCAUCACGAAGAAAAAGAAGGUUGGAGAUUUGCUGGGUCAUGUUGUAUGGAAGGCUGUGGAGUUUGAUAUCAUCUCCUAUAAGAAGACAGUACUACACCUGACAGACAAUCAGAUGCAAGACAACAAGACCUUCUUGUCUAUGAUCAACAAUGUUCUUCAAACAGAUGGCCUCUACUUUGCAACAGACUAUGACCUGACCCACACUCUGCAGCGUCUGGCAAACACCAGCCCUGAGUUCCAGGAGAUGAGCCUUGUAGAGAGGGCAGAUCAGCGUUUUGUUUGGAAUAGCCACCUGCUGAGGGAAUUCAUGACACAGCCAGAGUUACACAAGUUUGUGUAUCUGGUUGUCCAUGGCUUUAUCACGAUAAAGUCAAGCUGCAUCAAUGGAAAAGUGUUUGAGUGGAGUAUUAUCUCGAGGAGGAGCUGCUUCAGAGCUGGUGUCCGCUACUAUGUCCGAGGCAUUGAUUCAGAAGGACACGCAGCAAACUAUGUGGAAACAGAGCAGAUAGUGCAGUACAACAGUGCCAAGGCUUCAUUUGUUCAGACACGAGGGUCCAUCCCCUUCUACUGGUCCCAAAGGCCCAAUCUCAAGUACAAGCCAAAACCACAAAUCAGCAAAACAGUCAAUCAUUUGGACGGAUUCCAGAGACACUUUGACUCACAGAUUAUUCUCUAUGGAAGACAAGUCGUUUUGAACUUGAUCAACCAAAAGGGCUCAGAGAAGCCAUUGGAGCAGGCAUUUGACAAGCUGGUGGCCAGCUUGGGUAACGGCAUGAUCAAGUACAUAGCGUUUGAUUUCCACAAGGAGUGCAGUCGGAUGAGGUGGCACCGUCUGCAGAUCUUGCUGGACAUGGUCACUGAAAUGCAGGAUGAAUUUGGGUAUUUCCUGGUGGACGCAGAAGGGAAGGUGCUGUUGAGCCAGGAAGGGACUUUUCGGAGCAACUGCAUGGACUGUCUGGACCGUACCAACGUCAUCCAGAACCUGCUGGCUCGACGCUCACUUCAUUCACAGCUGCAGAAAAUGGGAGUUCUCCACAUGGGGCAAGAGAUUGAGGAGCAGACAGACUUUGAGAAGAAUUACAAGAACGCCUGGGCAGACAAUGCUGAUGCUUGUGCCAAGCAGUAUGCUGGUACUGGUGCAUUGAAGACUGACUUCACCAGGACAGGGAAAAGAACUCAAUGGGGAUUGCUGAUGGAUGGCUGGAACUCCAUGAUCCGAUACUACAAAAACAACUUCUCUGAUGGGUUUAGACAGGACUCAAUUGAUUUAUUCCUGGGGAACUAUGCUGUGGAUGAAGCUGAUUGGACCACCCCACUAUGUGACACCAAAGACUGGAAGUUUCUGACGUUGCCUAUCAUCAUGGUUGUAGCAUUCUCCAUGUGUAUCAUCUGUCUGGUAAUGGCUGGUGACGUGUGGACGGAGACUCUGGCUUAUGUCCUGUUCUGGGGAACAGCCAGUGUUGUGACGGGUGGCCUUAUCCUCUUUAAUGGACGGGACUUUGUAGAUGCUCCCAAGCUGGUCCAGAAGGAGAAGCUGGACUGAAUGUGUGUGUGUGGAAAGCAGCUGGGCCCAAGCGAACUCAUCACCUCCUCAUCACUUUACCCCCAGCAUCAGCAGGCCUGGAGUCUUUACUGACACAGGCUGGACGAGGGUGGUGAGCCGCAGGGCUGGUCUUGUGUACGACAGCAGUCGAAAGACGGAGACUGUUAAUGCACGGGCCUGCUGCUGUCCACACUGCAGCCGAUGAAGUAGACAUGACUCUAUCUCUACAGGUUUUACUAGACACGAAACCUUUGGAGUUUGCUCCGGCUAUAUUUCAUUUUUCCUGGUUUUAGAGGAAUGCUAUGUGAAAUUUCAUGUUUUACACACGUAAUUCCCUAAUUGAUGCUUUGGGAUCAGAUUCAAAACAGCUGCUGUGAUGUCACAGCACAGCGGUAAAUGCAUUAUUUUAUGUACUGAUCAUUUGCCUUUUCAUUUUUGCAGUUAAUAUAUGUAUCCAUUUACAUUCGUUCUGUCCUAGGUUAAAAUGCUGCCUGCAUUUCAAGGCCAAUAAUAGGUAGAUAAGGCUGUCCUGUUCCAAUGGUUGAAAGAAAUCAUCACUUCUUGUGGUCUGAAGCUACAGUUGUGAAUAAAAAUGUACAUACACUUCCAAAGACCAUGUACAGUGCUGCUUGAAAGUCUAUGAACCCACCAAACAUGGUCAUUGUUUUUGAAAAAAAACAAAAACUAAAUACCCUUAUGGAAUGAACAUCCAAAUCCCAGUUUGAAAAGAGGUCUGGACUUUGACUGGGCCAAUCGAGAGAGUGAAUCUUCUUUCUCUUAAGCCAUUCCUUGGUAAUUUUGCUGGAAUACUUUGGGUUAUUGUCUUGAUGCAUAAUCCAUUUCUGUCCCAGCUUCAACUCUCUGACUGAUGGCAGGAGAUUUUGGUCAAGAAUUUGUUGAUAGGUCUGGGAAUUCAUGGUUCCCUGGAUAAUAUGAAGUCGUCCAGGUCCAGACACAGAGAAGCAGACCCAGACCUUCACAUUUAAACCACCAUGCUUCACUUCUAGGAGGAGGUUCUUUUCUUGAUAUGCAGUGUUGGCUUUCUCCAAACACGGAGCCUGUGAUUGUAGCCAAAAAUUUCAACUUUGACUCAUCUGUCUAGAGAAUAGAUUUCCAGAAGACCUCUGAUUUGUCCAAAUGUUGUCUUGCAAAGUUUAAACUUUGUUCUUUCUUGAGAGCAGAUGCUUCUUUCUAGCAGCUCAGCCAUGAAUGCCACGUCUGUUCAUUUACAUGUACAUUUACUGCAGAUGCUGCCAACAAGGUCUGUAACUCUCUAGAGGUGACGCUUGGAUUGGCCUUUACCUGCGAUACUAUUUUUCUGGUGCCUCUUGCUAAAAGUUUUAAUAGCCGUCCACUACUCAGCAGAGUUGCAGUCAUGUUUAGUGACCUCCAUUUGUAAAUGAUUUGUCUAACAGUGGAUGGAUGCAGCUGACAGUGCUGUGGUUGGUUUCCUCUCUUUUUUGAUCAGUGCUGCUGAAAACCUUUCCUCAGGAUGUCUCAUUUGAUUGGCCUGUUUAAUUGAUUACUUGAGCACCCACAUGUGUUUCACCUGAAUCUAUUAGACUUGACUUUACCAGUGCAGCUAGGGUUCUCUUCGUUUGCACAUAAUCUGAUUCCGUGUUUCAUGUAAUCUGCUGGUUAUUGACACAGUUCCUUCAAAACAAAUACAUGGAAUUGAUAAAUAUAAACCUGACAUUUCAUACGUAAAAACUGGUGAUGUUGUAAUAAGAACAUCUUGAUGAAACAACAAAAAUCUAAACUACUCAAGAGGUUCACAAACUUUCAUGCAGCGCUGUAUAUCAUGGAUGUGUUGAUUUUCUGUGAUGGGAUUAUCUAGAUACAUGCAUCUUUGUCACAAUAAACAAUCAUAAAUUUAGAUUCUUAGAUUUAUUAUGGGUUUUCUAGAAAUAUUACAAAAUCUGCUGGGUCAGAAAUAAACAUACAGCCAUGCUAAUAUGUAGUAACAGACAGGUGGGUCCAGGCUUUUAUGUUUUUUUGAGUGCUACAGCAUUUGUGUGGAUUCCUGAUGUAUGUUUUACAGUCAUCGGAAAUGUUUGUAUAUAUAGUGUUAUGCAAUUCUCUUCCUGAUUAAACUUAGUGCAAGGUGAAA